ACCUCACUUCCGCUUUUCCUUAUUCCACAAGCCUUGUGGGUUGGCCUAUCUUUUGCUUUUUGGGCUCGAGAAAACUGGAUAAGGCGUAUCAUUAAAUAAUAUCAGCUGAAAAACCUGUUUCGCGAUGAGGGAUGCCAACGUUUUUUCAAUCUCGAGAGCAAUGCCUCGGAUGAGCUGGUCCCCUCGCAACCUCUACAAUCUCUGGCUACGUUCUAUUGGAGCCCGGUCUGAAGAAGUAAACUUCACCCGCACUCAGCAAACGCUCUUCCAACAGAGGUGGACAUCCAAAGCCCUCGUCCGGGCGUAUCAUGGCGAUUUUAUUAACGAGAAAAUUUUCAAGCGAUGGUACCUGCCCACUACACUACCAGACGUACGGCCACGUCAGAGACGGUUGGGAGAUGAUACCGCUGCCCUCGAUUCUUUUGCCCAGCGCACCGAACAACUAGAGAAGCAAAAGAAACUCCAGGAAGAAGAAGAACGAAAAGGGUUGGCACCCGUCGGAAGUUUAAUGUUGACAGAGGUGGAGAGACGCAUUGACGUAUUUAUGUUUCGCUGUUGCUUCGCACACAGUGUUUAUGAGGCUCGUCGUCUGGUCAUUCACGGCUACGUGCUGUUGAACGGCAAGAAGCAUCAAAAUGCUAAUACGCGCCUGGCUCCUGGUGAUAUGGUUUCAGUUGACCCUAAUGCAAUCAGAUUCCUCCAGAAACCAAAGCCAACAUCUGAAUCUCAAUCAGACGCAGCAAGCUCUUCCGACGAGGCGGAUAACCAGGCUGAAAAUAAGACAGUGCCCGCUCAAGGGCAUUCUCCCGCUGAAAAUCAGUUGACGCCGUUCAAUUUACCACCAUACGCUUCCCCGUUCAUAUUCAUCCCUGCAUACACCGAAGUAUCUUUCCCAACUUGUUCCGCCAUCUACGUGCGACACCCAACCGCCCGACCAGGAUAUUCAGAAAUUCCUACGCCCUACGAUGCGGAUGGCGAAGUAAUCAGAUUAGCAUGGGAGUGGUACUCGAAGAUGCGACCCCGGAAUAGAAGCAAGAGGCAGUUGGCUAGGAUGCCUGAGAACCGGCAAUGAUAGGUAGUGAGGUGUCAUGGGGGAGUGCCUGUUUCUUUGAGUCAAUUUAUCUGAUAUAUGUCAGCCCAGUUAUCCCCGUCGGCGAGCGUUGAAAAUAGUGCAGACAGACAAAUUAUU